GCGGGCGCCGCGGGCAACGGCGGCGCGGGCGGCGGCAACGGCGGCAAGUCCAAGAGCUACUCGGCGUCGCGGCAGCCGCCGCGCUCCACCAACACGCCCAAGUGCCAGAGCAGCUACACGCCCAGCACGCCCAAGCCCAGCUCCGUCAUCGCCAGCCAGUCGCCCGCCUACUCGCCGGGCCAGCCGCCCCAGAGCCUGCUGGCCAUGGGGGGAGCGCCCGGCUACAGCGCGCCCGGGGCGCCCCAGAGCCUGCCGGGGGCGGCGCAGCCCGCGGGGGGCUUCAGCGGAGGGCAGGCCGGGGACCUGGGGGGCAAAGGCGGCGGCUACCAGGGCGGGGGGCAAGGCGGCGGGCAAGGGGGGCUGCAGCCCUGCGUCAGCGGCGCGGGCGCCUACUCGCCCGAGCAGCUGCAGGCGCUGCCCUACGGCGUCCAGCCCGAGGGGGGACAAGCGGGGGGCUACGGGCCGCCGGCCCCCUCGCAGGGCUUGCCCACCGCCAGCCCCUCGCUGACCUACAGCACCGGGCACUCGCCCGCCAUGCCGGGGCCGCCGCUGCCCUACGCCGGCCUGGGGGGCUCCAGCCCCUCGCCCAUCAUCCGCCCGCUGCAGUCGCCGCCGGCCGCCCGGCCGCAGAGCGGGGCGUCGCCGGGCCAGUCGCAGAAGUACCUGGGCUCCGUGCUCUCGCCGUCCUUCAUGGCCCCGCAGGGCUACGGCGCCGCGCCGGGCGGGGGGCUCGAGCGGCAGCCGCCCCCCGCCCCGCCGGGGGCGCCCCCCAAUUUCGGCAAGGGGGCCAAAGGCGAGGCGGAGCUGCUGGCGGCGGAGCGCAGCGAGGACGAGGAUUUCCUGAUCCAGCACCUGCUGCAGGCGCCCAGCCCGCCCCGAGAGGGGCUGGGGGGCUGCGAGGAGCGCCCCAAAACUCUGGGGGGCUACGGGGGGGCGCUGGGCAAGGAGGAGCGCUACCAGCUGCAGAGCGUCAUCCGGCCCAACUCCAACCUGGAGGCGCCGCUGGAGCUGGCGCUGCUCAAGGAGAAGAAGAAGCCGGAGAGAGGCAAAGAAUUCCGGGGGGCUGGCGGAGGAGGAGGGGGCGGCGAGGUGGCGGCCACCUCGGUGGUGCACUACGGCCACCAGCCGCCGCCCGCGCUCGACACGUACGAGCUGAAGAAGCCGCCCGAGCACCUGGCCGGCGGCAAGGAGCUGGGCCAGCCGCCGCACUCGUACCUGCCCAAAACCCCCGAGCACGGGCGGCUGGUGGGCGAGGGACCCCCGCUGGAGCCCCACAACCUCCUGCUGGACCCCUCCCCGGAGUUGGGGGGCUCGCUGCUGCCCUCGGUGCUGACGCACACGCAGAGCCAGCUGCACCCGCGGCCCAAGGCGAGAGCGCCGCUGGACGUUCACCUGCUGGAGCAGCAGAGGAUGCCGCCGCCGCCCCCGCCGCCGCCC